AAGAUAGAAGGGCAGCAAAAAAGCAGUUUGCUGUUUCGAGCUACAGACUGCUGAGUCCCUCUUCUCACACUCCGCAGUUUUACGUUUACUAGACGCUCUUGGUAUCAAAGCUCAUCAGUUAGCUCGGCAGUCAGUGGCCGUCAGCUUUGGCUCCAGACCCUCUCCUUACCAGUCUUCGGCCUGGCUUUGUAGCUAUGGCUUGCGUUGCUCUCAAACGGUCACACUUUGAUUUGCAGAACACCCCAACACAAGAUGGGUGUGGGGAGCCUUCGACAAAGAGAAGGUGUUCGUUCGCUGCAAUGUCAUCAUGCCAGUCUUCUUCUCCCAUUCUGCCGUAUAGUGUCGCAAGCUGUUCCCCGAUAUUCCAGAAAACUCCAGUGUCUAGAACACGCAUCUUGGAGGACGUAAAUGGAGAAAUUAGAAUGAUUCGGCGGAGGCGACGCCAUUUUGCUGGUAUGUCCGAACAGGCUGCGUUGGCAAGUCCCACGAGCCGAAAGGAUAGAAGGCAAGAACAAAGUGAGAAAUCACCUGAGGAUAUGCAAUCAACGAAACAAGUCGACGCUGUUGCUGCUAAGCCCGAAAAGCCCGUAUUCACCGCUAAACAAGUGGCAGACUUUUGUCAAAGGAAGCUGAAAGAACGAGAAGAAGAGCUCAAAGUUCUUUUCGAUGAAAUUUUGACUGCUCGACUUACAGAUCAAUAUGACAGUUUCGUGCGAUUCACCCAGGACAAUUUACGGCAGCACUUUGCUGACAAAGAGUGUUCAUAUGUGUCCUAGCACAUUGGCGCCGCGCUCUGCUUUCGCCCUGUGCAACCUUGAGACCACCCGCUUGCCACCCAUCAUAUCAUCAUCAUCAUCAUCAUUGUUGUCAUCGUCGUCGAGUUCUUCAUCUUCACCUGUUCCACUCUGGUUGGUUGUAUUGUGUGUUGCGAUGUGCUAUCGGAUUUCAGGACCACCGUUGUGUACUUGUACUGUACCCUAUUCCGUUUUACUCCUCUUUUUUCAUGUGUUCUCGGCAUGUCCGUGUGCUCAACUCGUGCCUGCAUGACUUUUAACUGCUGCCCAUCAAUUUUCUCUGUGCUAUCACCACAUCAGCAUGACUCACUGGCCACAGAAAAUACUGUGUCGUUCGGAACGCUUGCGCAAGGCUCGGUCUGCCUAGUUAGCUUGUAAUCACUAACCACACACACUAACUAGUUAGGUUGAGGGAAUUUGCAGGUGGCUGCGUUUAGCGUUUUAUCUGAUGUUUGGAACUUUGUCCACGGGGGGUUUAGUCUUAAAAUGAACCCAUGGCACGCUCUUAUUUACAUGUCUGCACGCAAUCAACCGCCGCUCUUACGUUGAUGAUGUAUUGACCCGGCUACCCUGUCGCAUGCCUUGUGCUUAAGUAGGACUUGCUAGCUGGACAGCAUUGCACAAUGGAUUUGUCUUCGUGGUGGUAAUCUUUCUUGCCAUUUCCCCAUGUGUCUUUUUGUUUGUGAAGAAUGCCGUGAUGCCGUGGCCCCUGGUUGUGGCCCUGCAGCAGCUUCUUAGAUUUGCGUUGCCUCAUCCCCUGCUCAGCAGACUGUUUGUACACACAUGUAGUAUGCACACAACUGGUGUCAUUUCCAAACGAUAAAGGAGUUGUGUAGAACAGUGAAAAAGUAGUCCUCCAUUUCCCAGUGUA